AUGAAACUAGUAAAUGAAGGGGGAUUGAGAAUUACAGGCACCAAGUGGAAUCAUAAUUAUGAUGCUGAAAUAAUUGCAAGAUUUGACUUACGUGCUAGAAGCUCCAAAUUUCAAUGUAUUAAAAGGUGCCACUGGUAUCCACCUGAAAAAGGUUUUGUCAUGUUUUGUUGUGAUGGAUCUUCAUUUGGUAAUCCAGGUUCUGCAGGUUUUGGAGUGGUUGUAAGAGAUCCAGAUUGUCAGGUCAUUGCUACACUUGUUGGAGGUAUUGGUAUUGCUUCAAACUAUUUGGCAGAAACUUAUGGAAUGUGUGCAAUGGAAUUGGCAGUUGAAUGGAAUAUGCAGAACAUUAUAAUAGUGUCAGACUCAAAAACAGUGAUUUCAGAAUUUGUUGAAGGGAAUUUUCCAUGGUUUAUUAAAGGAAGAUGGUUGAAGGCUAUGAAGAGGUUCAAUCAGAUAAAAUUUUUACACUACAACAGGGAAGUUAACUUUUCAGCUGACAAUGUUGCAAAAAAAGGUGCUUCUCUAGCUUCAGGAAAUAAACUAGUUCACAUUGGUAGGCCUCAAUUUUUGCUCAUAGUUGAAAUGCCUGAUGUUAUUUACUAUAGAUUUUGUUGA